AUGGAAAGAUCCGAGAAAGUUGAUUCUGCAGAUGGCAGAGUGUUUCCUAAGUUGGUUGUGGGACUGGCAACUGGUCAAUCUGGUCCAAUUCUUCGAUCACGGUCAAAUGAAUCAACUCAGGCUGAGAUCAAGAGUCAGAGAAAGUCGUUCCGAUUGCUCAGAGAGGUUCUCUGCGAAUUGCGAGUCGAUUUCAAGAAUAUCGCAGAAAAUGGGUUGGAUCUUCGUCCAGCAGUUAAGCUUCAAGGUUGUGAAGGAUAUUUCAACAGGCUUACUGGACCCAUCUACGACAAGUUGGUGAAAGAAUUCUGGAAACAUGCUGAGUGUGACGAUCUUCAAGUUGUUUCCUAUGUGCUGGGCAAGAAGAUCAUCAUCACUGAGAGAUCAAUUGCUCUGCUUCUGGGUCCAGACACUAUCACGGGCUACAGAUUUCAAGCAAAUGAUUCCAAGUUGCGGGCAGUUAAAGACACGAUCAAUUCAGUGCUGUAUGAAAAUUGGAAACCUGGAAAGUCCGACUACAAGACUAGAGAGCUUCAUCCUGAUUUGAGGAUCUGGCACAAGAUUAUGCUAAACUGCUUCAAUCCCAGACCCAUUGGAAGCUCUCCUGACUACAUCAACUUCAAUCAGAAGGUGAUGCUAUACUUCAUCAAGACUGGGCAGAAGAUAUGUCUUCCUUACUUCUUAUUCAAUUAUCUGAAGGACUGCAUAAGAAGAUCAAGAACAACUGAUGUUGUGACCAAGAACACGAUCAAGUACAUUCCUUUUGGAAGGUUGCUAUCUGAUCUGUUUGUUGAGAGCAACCUGGUCAAGGACUUGAUUGCUGCAGGAUGCACUAAAGACCUCUCCACUCUGACAGGAGAUGCCUUUACUUCUACAACGAUGAAGAGGAUGUGCCUGAUAGAAAAGAAGAUCGAGGCUGACUCUUUCAUCACACCAGAAGAGAUCAAGGGAAGAAGAAUCCCUCUCAAUGAUUAUCCCCUCUGGUCUAAGGCUGAUGAUCCAGAGCCUAUCCUAUACUACAUUGAGGAUCUGAGGAGUCUUGGAUUUGAGAUUGAUGUCGAUGAGUUCUUCAGAGCUCUUCCAGAAGCUCCUGAUUAUGAAUCUCCUAAGAAGAAGAAGACAAAGAGGAAGAAAAAGGAUACUACUACAGUUGCAAAGGAUGACUCUAAGGAUGCUUUACCUUCUCCUCCUACCCAACAAACCUCUGUCAUACAACCAACCACCACAAUCACCACUACCUAUUCUCCACCACCAAAGACUUCAUUAAUUCAACCUUCCAUUGAAGAUGAACCCCUUUGGCAAAGAAUCCAAAAUCCUCAACCCUCUGAACAGACUUCAACCAUUCUACUUCCAUACCCUUCACAAGCGUCUGAACCCCAACAAGGCUCUGACCAGCAAGCGCUUGAAAAACAAGAUUCUGAACCACAACCCUCUGACCAUUCUGAACAAGAAACUCCAUCUCCCACUGGAUCCAUACCUUUUGUUACCAAUACUGUUGAUUCCUCCCCAUCCAACAACUCUGAAUCACAGCGCAAAUUCUUUCAAGCUGUUAGUGAUAGGAUCUCAGAGCUUCCUGAGAAUAUCCUAAGUGCUCCAAGUCCAAACCGGUAUCCAUGA